UAAGGCUGUGUUCACACUUGACAUGCUUGGUUUGUUUAAAACACACUCCAAACUGUGGUGUGAUCUGCGAGUGAAGUUCACUUAGUCAAAUGUGCACCAGACAACUACAUUCGGUUUCAGUUUGUUUGGUCAAGUGUCAACGCUGUCAUCCGAUCCCUGGUGCGGAGAAAACAACUGAAGUCCUGUGAGGUUUGUAUGGUGAUGUGUGAAGGCUGUCAUUGGAGCCCUCAUGCGCUCAAAACAACUCAACUCUGAUACUGUUUGUUUGGUCAAGUGUGAACGCCUUCAUCUGAACUGUGGUAUGUACCAAACAACUGAAUACUGGUGUGGUUUGUUUGGGAAAUGGUGAACUUUGUGAACGCUAUUAUUCAAACGCUGUUGCGCAACAAACAACUGAGUUCUGGUGCGUUAGGUUUGGUCAUGUGUGAUCAUUAUCAUCCAAACCCUGGUGUACACUAAACAAGAAAAGUGUGGUGUGGUUUGUUUGGUCAAGUGUAAAUGCUAUCAUCCCAAGUGAACCAGGACCAAAUCUCAUUUGGUCCAGACCGGAACACCCCACUACAGGUGUGAAUACAGCCUAGGUCUGUCCGUGCUUUUUGCACUAGUUUUUAUCAUCCUCUAUGUUGUGGAAACGUUUGACACCUGUGUAAUCCAGCGGCAGGACAUCGGUGGAAAAAAAAAAUGCUGUCGUGCCACCUCGGCGCCAAUCUGUGCCAACCAGUCGGGUAAAGUUCUGACACCAACUGCGGAGAUGAUGUGAUUUGUUGCCACGGUCCGAGACUGGCUAUUCCACGUCUUCUGUGUUUCCACUGUACGUGUUAUUGUGUGUGUGUGUGUGUGUGUGUGUGUGUGUGUGUGUGUGUGUGUGUAAGUCUGAGCGGGGUGGCGACCUCGACACCUGCCCAUGUAUCGGCCAGAUGAUGCUGCUGGCAUGGUUACUUCGAGUCGAGUGCUGGUGAAUACAUAAAGAACUGGCGGCCACGUUACUUCCUGCUCAAGACAGACGGCUCAUUCAUCGGCUACAAGGAGAAACCUCAGGACGCCGACUUGCCCUACCCGCUAAACAACUUCUCCGUAGCAAAAUGCCAGCUUAUGAAGACGGAGAGGCCCAAGCCCAACACCUUCAUCAUACGCUGCCUCCAGUGGACCACAGUCAUCGAGAGGACUUUCCAUGUAGACUCCCCCGAUGAGAGGUCAGCCGAACAGGAAAAAGAUGAGUGGACGGAGGCCAUCCAGAUGGUGGCAGACAAGCUGCAAAAGCAAGAGGAGGAGAGGAUCCAGUGUAGCCCCACCUCCAACAUCGACAACAUGGUGGAGGAGGAGAUGGACAUCUCCACCACACACCACAAACGCAAGGUAGCACAAACAAUGAGUGACUUCGAUUACUUGAAGCUGCUUGGAAAGGGAACGUUUGGGAAAGUGAUUCUGGUUCGGGAGAAGGCCAGCGGGAAAUACUAUGCUAUGAAGAUUCUAAAAAAGGAAGUCAUCAUCGCCAAGGAUGAAGUGGCGCACACGCUCACCGAGAGCAGAGUACUGAAAAACACCAGACACCCCUUUCUCACUUCAUUGAAGUAUUCGUUCCAGACAAAAGACCGCCUCUGUUUCGUCAUGGAGUAUGUGAAUGGCGGAGAGCUGUUUUUCCACUUGUCCAGAGAGCGGGUGUUCUCCGAGGAACGCACGCGCUUCUACGGCGCCGAGAUCGUCUCGGCCCUUGAUUACCUGCACUCGGCCAAGAUCGUGUACCGCGACCUCAAGCUGGAGAACCUGAUGCUGGAUAAAGACGGCCACAUCAAGAUUACUGACUUUGGCCUGUGCAAGGAAGGCAUCACAGACACUGCCACCAUGAAGACCUUCUGCGGCACGCCAGAGUACCUCGCGCCAGAGGUACUGGAGGACAACGACUACGGCCGGGCGGUGGACUGGUGGGGUCUGGGCGUCGUGACGUACGAGAUGAUGUGCGGCCGCCUGCCCUUUUACAACCAGGACCACGAGAAGCUCUUUGAGCUCAUCCUGAUGGAGGACAUCAAGUUCCCGCGUACACUCUCAGCCGACGCCAAGUCGCUGCUGUCUGGCCUGCUCAUCAAGGACCCCAACAAACGGCUUGGUGGAGGACCAGAUGACGCGAAAGAAAUUAUGAGACACAGUUUCUUUACUGGAGUCGACUGGCAGCAUGUAUACGACAAAAAGAUGGUUCCUCCGUUCAAGCCUCAGGUCACAUCGGAGACGGACACCAGGUACUUUGACGAGGAGUUCACGGCGCAGACCAUCACGGUGACGCCACCCGAGAAAUUUGACGAGGACGGCAUGGACUGUCUGGACAACGAGAGACGACCGCACUUCCCGCAGUUCUCCUACUCGGCCAGCGGGCGAGAAUGAACUCCGUCCCCUUCCCUCUAACCCCGCCCCCUGCUGCUGUGACAUCAUCACAGCUGGUCUAUGAGGUCAUCAGCGUGGGACACAAAAAAAGGAAAACCCACAGCUUAGGGACCCGGAAGAAUCCCCUCAAGGAAGGAUUUUGCCAUCCUUUUUCCUUUUUUUCUUAGCCAUUUUGUCUCAUUCAUCGUUUACGAAUGGAGCGUAAGGUACGAAGGCGAUUAGCCACUAAUGUGAUGUCCCCCAGAUGGGACUGCUGUGCUUUGAUUGGUUCCCUGCUCCCUGGCCAUCUACGCACGCACGCACGCACGCACGCACUCUCACACGUGGCUCGGAUAUAAUCUCAGGCUUUUCUUGCACACGUGAAUCAUUCUGGGAUCGACUGAGUGGGUCUGGUAGGCAGGAGUUGACUCAGGUGCAAUUUCCCACUCGUCGUUGCUGCUAUUCCAACAUCUGCCUCUUGGACACAUACACCUCCUCUUCAACCGGACUACUGCGAAACAGAUCUAUCGCUGGUAGGGCUGGGCGACAUGGCCUUAAAAUAAAAUCUCUUUUCUGAUUUUAAGCAAAUUACAAUUACGUUUUCUUUUCUUUUUUCCCCGCGUCUGGGAUUUGCUUCAUUUCUCCUGAUACCAAACAAGCUUUGAAACAGUUUUUAGCUUUGAAACAGUUUUUAACACAGCAUUAACUUGCAUUAACUUCCACAGAAAUGUACAGAAAAAUACAUAUUUAUAGAUACAUUUGAACCUUGGUUUUCAUUAUUAAUCCAUCCCAAAAAGUCUGACUAAAAUCAAACUGUCCAAGAACCAAAGCAGUAUUUCAUUUCCUGUAGGAAAUAAUGUAAACCCAAUUAAUCUGUUCCAGACAAAAAAUAUUGACAAAAAAAUACACUUUAUAGAAAAUAAUUAUAAUUUAGGAUACACAAAACAAUAUAAAAUAAAUAUAAAUGGCUAAUAAAAUUGCUAAAUGAACAUUAAACAUCCCUUUUUACCUUUCUUCAACAUAAAAUCGACAUUUAAGACCAUUUCUUUCCACCUUUCCAUAGCUUUUUGUCAUAUAGAAAACAGUAUGAAAAUAAUUCUGCUCAUGUUGUCAUUUUCUUAGCGGGAAUGAAAGUCUCUUUUUGAAAAAUAAAUAAAUAAAUAAAUAAAACUAAAUCGUCCUGAGCAAUGAACUUGACUUAAUUAAUUAAAACGGCUAAAUCGCCCAGCCCUAAUCGCUAGCUAGCAACGCAUCUACGCCUACGCUUGCUAACUUGCUGCUAACGUGGAAGCUACAACACAUCCACGUAGAUUUAGUACACAAACAACUAAAUCAAUAAAGGAUGUCAUGUUUGCAUUCGAGGAGGUUCCACAUCCAAGCACAGCAGU